AGUUCCUCCCUUGGUUGCCUUGCCUACGUGAACACUCUGACAGAUGCGGGUCAGUCGGCGCCGUACAUGGCUGCACAGCAUGGACACCUGGAUGUGGUCCAACUCCUCCUUGAAACAGACGCUGACCCCAACAAGCCAGCUGACCGUAUCUCAAUGUCCUGCCCUCUAUACGCAGGUAACACAGACACAACAGAAGGACUUAAUGGACCUUAUUAGAAGUUUUACAACCGAUGUUCUUGGAUGGUCUGUGUAGCUGUGGACGCUGGACACACAGAGAUGGUGGAGUUGCUGGUCUGGGAAGGGGCAGAGGUCAACAGAACAUACACAAGACACUAUGGCUCCAAGAGAACAUGCCUUCAUCAGGCUGCUCUUAAGGUAAACAGACAGACACUCACACGCGCAGUUCUUCUCCCUUAUUCCAACUCUCUCCUCAGGGUCACAGUGACAUAGUGCGUGUCCUGGUGGGUGGAUGUGAUCUGGAUGUGUUUGACAAGGACUACGUGGUCACACCCCUGUUAUUUGCUGCAGCUAAAGGACAUCAGCAGUGUGUCCAGAUCCUCAUUGAUGCAGGUACACAGCUCUAUGUGUGUGUGUGUGCUUUGAGAAUUGUUUUUCCGUCUAAAUGUUUUUGUAUGUUAGCUGUGAAAAUGUUGUUUGCAUGUUGCAUAAAUGUUGUAUACAUGUUGUAGGCCUGGCGACGGGUCGGAGUGACAGGUGACUGGGGACUACCGGUAAGCUUCAUAAUGAAACAUUGUGACAGGUGACUGGGGACUACCGGUAAGCUUCAUAAUGAAACAUUGUGACAGGUGACUGGGGACUACCGGUAAGCUUCAUAAUGAAACAUUGUGACAGGUGACUGGGGACUACCGGUAAGCUUCAUAAUGAAACAUUGUGACAGGUGACUGGGGACUACCGGUAAGCUUCAUAAUGAAACAUUGUGACCUGGCGACGGGUCGGAGUCGGACGCCACUGCUAAUUGCAUCACAGGAGGGGCAUGAGGGCUGUGUGGAAGCUCUGCUGAAGCACGGCGCCGACCCAAACCUGCCCUGUAACACCGGCUUUCCACAGCUUCCCAUCCAUGCAGCUGCUGAGAACGGCCACAGCAGGUAUACACACACACACACACACACACACACACACACACACACACACACACACACACACACACCUACUCAUUGUCCCUUGUUUCUUGCCCUCUCACACAAUGUCACCCAACUCAGCAUGUACACACAUUAACUGUUAUGCAUUGAUAAUCACCUCUCAUCUUUCUCUCUCAGGGAUUCAGCCCGGUUGUUGAUAGCCGCCGGGGCAGCUUUUACAGAGCAGAUAUGGUUCUACAUUCUGGCCUGUUGUGAAUCAGAGGAGAUGCUGUAA